AUGAUAGCUAAGAAUAGAGUAGACGAUGAUGUGUAUGUGACCAUGAAGAGCAAGAAGAAGAGCAAGAAUAGCGGGCGGUCUCAGUCCGUUCCGAUUUCCAAGAACAAGCGGAUGAUCUCGAGGGGUCAAUUAGUGGAGGACGGGGUGCGCAUAGUCGGGGUGACUAGUCUCAACACUUUCCAGAACAAGGCACCCGCCAAUAUGCGCAGCACCACCACGAACGUGUACAGACCGAGCACGAUGAUGUUCAGCAAUGACUCCUCGUAUAGCAUGGGUGUGGGUGGCAGACAGUACGGCGACGAGUCCAAGGAAGGCCCUAGACUGAGCAUAGAGAGCAGGAUAAGCUCAACAGAUAGCUUUAUAAGUGCGAACAGCUACGUGAGAAGGUCGAACUCGAGUGUCUUUGAGACUGCCUCCUUGGUGAGUUGCGUCACUUGUUUAAGCGACUCGAGCUACUCAACCAGUAGCGGAAGCUCUUCACUGAGCUUAGCGUCGUCUGCUACAGGUAACUCGCAGAAAAUGAGACAUCGCAAGAAGAACCACAGCGGCAACGACGACACUAACAACAAAUUGGACACUUUCUUACCUAUAAACACCGUGAUACCUUACGCAAGAAUUAUCAAUGCCAAGAUAUUUACCACUACACCACAAAAUCAGAACCAAGAACCAAGAACCUCGAACGAUUUCACAAACCAGUCCAUACUUUCCCGUGAUGAUGUGUCCUCACAGGCGUCUAAAUUUAUCUCUGUACCUGAUGAUAGGCCCAGAAGAAAAAGUUUUAAGAGAAAACCUUCCAACGCUAGAAUAACAUCAAUGACCAGCAUAGACGGUGACACCGAUAAUAACCCGUUCAGCACCCAGCCAUCAUCAACAUCAGCAUCAGCAUCAAGAACAACUACAAAUAACGACAAUAACGACAACGUGGAUCUAAAGAACCCAUUCAAUACUAAUGACGACGACAAUGUUAAUAAUUCAAAAGUUUCAGUAAAAGAGUCAGAAAUACUCUACGAAGGCAGUCAAGAUGAAAUGGAAAACAUAAAAAGCUUACAUUUAAUAGAGAUAACUUUUGCCAAACCUAGAAGACAAGACGUGGUACCUAAGAAAAUUGUGAUUGCCAUCGAAACCACUGAGCUACUAAGAGGUCCAUCUGAGAUUGUAGAUGCCAUCAUGGAUAGAAGUUAUAAAGGCACAAAACAAUCCAGAUCUAUCCUAGCCAUUAUUAACCCAUUUGGUGGUAAAGGUAAAGCUAAAAAACUGUUUAUGACAAAGGCCAAACCUUUGCUGAGCGCCAGUAGAAGUACUGUUGAGAUCAAGUACACAAAGUAUCCUCAGGAAGCCAUCGAUAUCGCCAGAGAAAUGGAUAUAUCUAAAUAUGACACCAUUGUAUGUGCCUCAGGUGAUGGUAUUCCCUAUGAAGUCAUUAACGGUCUUUAUAGAAGGCCUGAUAGAGUUGAAGCUUUCAACAAACUGGCUAUCACACAACUACCUUGUGGAUCAGGUAACGCCAUGAGUGUCUCUUGCCAUUGGACAAACAAUCCGUCUUAUGCUGCAUUAUGCCUUCUUAAAUCAGUAGAAGCUAGAAUCGACUUGAUGUGUUGUUCUCAACCAUCUUACGCUGAUGAAUAUCCUAAAUUAUCAUUUCUAAGUCAGACUUAUGGUGUGAUUGCAGAAUCCGAUAUCAACACAGAAUUUAUUAGAUGGAUGGGUCCAGCCAGAUUUGAACUUGGUGUCGCGUUCAAUGUCUUGCAGAGAAAGAAGUACCCGUGUGACCUUUACGUCAAGUACGCUGCGAAGUCAAAAAAUGACCUAAAAGUACACUAUCUAGAACAUAAGAAUCAAGGCUCUCUUACAUUUGAAGGGGACCUAAACGAGGAAUCUCCAGAGACUGAGGACACUAAACAGAUAUCAAAGUCUAAUGAAAAUGAAAUCUCAAAUGAAAUCACUGAGGACAGUUUCAAAUUGAAGUACCCUCUAAAGGACGGCGUUCCAGAUGACUGGGAGAGGCUUGAUCCAUCUAUCUCGAAUAAUAUUGGUAUCUUUUACACGGGUAAAAUGCCUUAUAUUGCAGCUGAUACCAAAUUCUUUCCAGCUGCAUUGCCAUCUGAUGGUACCAUUGAUAUGGUUGUCACAGAUGCCAGAACUUCCGUUACAAGAAUGGCGCCUAUCCUUCUAGCUUUGGAUAAAGGAUCCCAUGUCUUACAACCAGAAGUUAUUCACUCCAAAAUCUUAGCAUAUAAAUUGAUCCCAAAACUAAAUCACGGACUAUUUUCAGUUGAUGGUGAAAAAUUCCCAUUGGAACCUUUACAAGUUGAAGUCCUACCAAGACUUUGUAAGACCUUACUAAGAAAUGGUAGUUAUGUGGAUACUGAAUUCGAUACUAUGUAA